AUGAAAUUAUGAAUACUCUUUGUCUCAAUAACAUAAACGUUUUCUCUCACGGUGUCAUUCAUUCAUUCAUUACCGAUUUCUGUAUAUUAACUUAGCAGUCACAUUUUGGAUUGGAACCGUUCGAUUCUUCAGAUCGAAACAUUUAUGGCGGAGUCACGGCGGCUCCGACAGCUGCAAUCGGAACAGGCGAACAAGAUUUGCGUGGAUUGCUCCCAGAAGAACCCGCAGUGGGCGUCGGUGUCCUACGGCGUGUUCAUGUGCCUCGAGUGUUCCGGCAAGCACCGUGGCCUCGGCGUCCACAUCUCCUUCGUUCGAUCGGUGACAAUGGAUUCCUGGUCCGAUAUCCAGAUCAAGAAGAUGGAAGCCGGUGGCAACGACAAGCUCAAUGCAUUCUUCGCUCAGUACUCUAUAUCUAAGGAAACAGAAAUCGUCACCAAGUACAACACCAACGCCGCCGCCGUCUACCGCGAUCGGAUCCAGGCCAUCGCCGAGGGCCGUCCGUGGCGCGAUCCGCCGAUUGUGAAGGAGAAUCUCGCGGCCUCCGGCAUGGGGAAGCCGCCGCGGAUGCAGAGUCGCCGGAAUAAUGACGGAGGUUGGGACGAUUGGGAUAACGAAGGCGGUUUGGGAAACUCCGGAGAUCUCAGGAGCAAGUCGACCGGAGAUUUCAGGAGCGUUAAUGGUGGCGGUGCGCCGUUGAAGUCGAGGUCGACGGAGGAUAUGUACACGCGGUCGCAACUGGAUGCUUCAGCGGCGAAUAAGGAGAGCUUCUUUGCUCGGAAGAUGGUGGAGAACGAGUCGCGACCCGAAGGGCUUCCGCCGUCGCAGGGUGGGAAGUACGUUGGGUUCGGAUCGAGUCCCGCGCCUUCGCAGAGGAGCAAUCCGCAGAAGGAUUAUGAUUAUUUCUCUGUCGUUUCUCAGGGGAUUGGUAAAUUGUCACUGGUUGCUGCAUCUGCGGCUCAAUCUGCAGCCACUGUUGUUCAAGCAGGCACAAAAGACAUCACUUCUAAGGUCAAGGAGGGUGGAUAUGAUCAGAAGGUCAAUGAAACUGUCAAUGUUGUCUCUCAAAAGACAGCAGAGAUUGGAGAAAGGACAUGGGGUAUAAUGAAAGGGGUCAUGGCUUUGGCUUCACAGAAGGUUGAGGAGUACACUAGAGAUAACCCAAAUUGGAACACUGAUAACUGGCAACAAAAUGAGAAUGAUAGAAAUGGUUACUAUCAGGAUUUCAAUCAAGAGAACAAAGGCUGGAAUUCUUCUACCGGGAGAGAAGAAUCUUCAGGACAAUUUAAAACUCAUAGCUCAAGCUCUUGGGAUGAUUGGGACCACAAAGAUAGUAGGAAGGAAGAACCAACUAAAGGAUCGGCUUCCCAUACUAAUGAUGGUUGGGCUGGCUGGGAUAAUGCGAAAGAUGAUGGAUUUGAUAAUUUUUAUGAAGGUGCAUCUAACAAGAAAGCUGUUGGUCAUAAUGGCAGCUCAGAUGCCACUUGGUCAGGGGGAGGAUUUCUCUAAGCUUUUUCUAUAUGGCUCAGAUUCUGCGGAAUCUCCUCACUGGGUUUGAUCCAUCUUAAGUACCAGUUUCAUGAUGGUUCCAUAAGUGACAAAAAAAUACCACCUUUCGGAGUGAUGGCAUGCAGGGUGCCACUAAACAUGAUGCAUGUAAUCUGACUGUUAGCUGUAACUUAUAAGUCCGUUGUUCACUUUUAAACUCAGACCUGUGCAGGAAGAACGAUUUUGUUUGAGGUUAGUAUAUUUUCAUUGUUUUUUUCCCUCUCAUAUUCCCUUUUGUAACUUGUUGGGAACUUCUGUUGGAAAAGUAGUUUUGCAUGUACAAGUGUCCAAAGAAAGGGCUAAUUGCCCAAAUCUUAAUUCUUGAAAGCACUAUUACCUACAAGUGCCCAGAUCUUAAUUACUUAUGAUAAUGUGAUGAAACAUUAUCGUGACAUGAAAAUUGCAUUGAAUUUGUAGCCUCAUAAUUUGACUGCUUGUAGAUUUAUUUCCUCCAUAUUUUGAAAGCUUUU